GAUGGAUGGUUGUUUGUUAGAAGGUAUCACCAAAACGGUUCAACGGUUUGACAACGCUGAAAUUUACCACAGAGGUAGAACUUAGUCCGGAAAAAUACAUAGGCUACUUAUUAAAUUUUUCUUAUAUUCUGCACGGACAAAGUCGCGGGCGACAGCUAGUAUAUACAUGUUACGAAUGUUAAAAGAUGGAACACAAUAGUCUUUGAUUCAACUUUGAACUUUUACGAUAUUAAAAAGUUAGUGCUAUGCACAUUGGCAGAUAUCUAAUUUCUAAGACGUCAGAUUCCAUACCAAAAAUAUGAAGGUAAAAUAUCUCACAAGGUUAUUGCUACAAUGAAUAUAAAAUUUACAUAAAAAUAACGUUAUAUAAAAAGAUGAUUGUGAUAACAGUUAUCUCUAUCUGUUUUGUUGACAACAUAAAACAAAUAAGCAUUCCGUUCUGUAGAACGAAUCGAAACAAGGUCUGAUGGCGCUAAACUGCAGAGGUGUACUUAUUGUUGGAGCAAAGAGAACGCCGUUUUGUAGUUAUGGAGGACCUUACAGAGAUUUACCAGCAUCUCAUAUUUUCGCUGAGGCGGCAAAGGAUGCAAUACAUUCUGCUAAUUUAAAAGCAGAAGUAAUUGAUAAUACAGUUGUCGGGAAUGUUAACUUUCUUAGUCAAUGCGAUGGCGGAAAGACUCCUAGGUAUUGCGGCACUUAUUCUGGAGUUUCCUUAGAUAGACCAGCGUUAGGAGUCAGCAAGGCUUGUGGUGCGGGAUUACAGGCAAUUAUCACUGGUUGUAUGGAUAUUUUAACAGGUUCAUCCAAGGUAAGUUUGGUGGGUGGCACUGAAAUUAUGUCAUCUCUGCCAAUGUUGGUCCGCAACGUCAGGUUUGGGACCACACUCGGCGUAAAAUAUCAAAUGGAAGAUCAUAUUAAGAACCAAAUAAUCGACACCUACUGUGGUCUAAGUAUGGAGCAUAUAGCCGAGGUUGUAGCGAAGAAAUAUAAAUUUUCAAGAGACGAAGUAGAUCAGUACUCGUUGAAAAGUCAUUUAAAAUGGAAAUUUGCUCACGAAGCAAAAGGAUUUAAUGAUGAAAUCACACCGAUAAAUGUAAAGAAUAAAAACGAAAUCGUAAUAAACACGGAUCGAAUAUCUCGAAUUGAUUUAACCGCGCAAGAAUUGUCAGUUCUACCGCCGAUAGUAGACGACGGAUUUAUAGUUACAACUGGUAACACUACGGUGCCUGCUGAUGGUGCUGCAGCAUUGAUAAUAGCUGAUGAAGAAUCAGUAAACCAACACCAACUAACGCCAUUAGCGAAGUUAUCAGGUUGGGCGUGCGUCGGCGUGGAUCCUGCUCAGGCUUGUUUAGGCGCUAUUCCUGCUAUUCAGAAGUUACUUGCAGUCACAAAUAGGAAGAUACAAGAUGUUGAAAUAUUUGAGAUAAAUGAGACCACAGCGAUACACGCAUUAGCAACGAUUAAGGAAUUAAAAAUAGACCCAAGUAGGGUUAAUGUGAGCGGCGGGGCUUUGGCGUUGGGACAUCCUGUUGCUGCUACCGGCGCCAGGAUGGCCACACAUUUGGUGCACCAAAUACGGAAAGGCAAUUGUAAGACAGCAGUGGCUGCCUCCAGCUGCGGAGGCGGACAAGGAAUUGCUCUGAUGUUGGAAGCAGUUUAAUCU